AUGAGCGAUUUUAUUGACGCGUCCAUAAUCUUGUUGGAUAACGGUGCAGACACUGUGAAAAUCGGUCUGCUUGGCGACGCCGCACCGCGAGUCCACGUGAACGGCCUCGCUCGUGUGAAACAUUCAACUGGUGCUGACACUGACGCUGGUGCAAAGCGCUCUGGGGUAACGCACUCGCCUGCAGAGCGCAAGACGCUUUGCGGGGCAGCACUGGAGCAGUGUUCUCCACUGGGUCUGCGGGUUCGACGACCUAUCGAUCGCGGACUUGUUACCGACUUGGCGCUGCAAGCCAAGAUCUGGAGCGAUGUGCUCGCCCAGGAGAAACUAUCAUUGACCAGGAAACGCCUCGUAUUGACGGUGCCCCCGCUUUGUCCGCUACCAGCGCUAGAACGGAUGCUGAAAACCGCAUUCUUUUACUUCGACGUAUCCGCGGUCUACGUCACCUGCACCGCCUACGCAGCGCUCAUGCACCACGAGACGCUCGUGACGGGCACAGCAGCCUCACCGAGCCCAUGGAGUCGCGCCACUGGUCUUGUCAUAGACUCCGGUCAUAGUUUUACGCAUGUUGUACCGGUCUUUGGUGGACAGCUCCUGAACUACGCGGUGCGUCGCCUCGAUGUAGGCGGACGGCUCCUGAAUAACUAUCUUAAGGAACUGAUCAGUUACCGUUCCUGGAACCUGAUGAAGGAGAGCUUCCUGGUACAGCGGCUCAAGGAGCGCGUGUGCUACGUGUGUGCGGACCUUGAGCGGGAACUGCAGCGGAGUCGCCUGCAUUCAGAAGAGACUCGGAUACGGUACCUGCUACCAAACGAGACGGACCGCGGCGAGUUUCGCUACGGCCGAGUGCUGGCUCCGGAGCAUACCAGCAUCACCACGACAGCCGCAAUCGACAAAGAAGACGCAGAUGCUGACGGAGCUGACGAGACAGCGACUUUGGGUUCGGUGUUAACGUUGACCAACGAGCAUUUCCUCGCACCCGAGUCGCUCUUCGCACCACAAGACACCAUUCAGAUCCCACAGGCUGGCAUUCCAGAGGUUGUUCUCCAGAGCCUAGAGCGCAUACCCAAAGCGCUCUGGCCUGCCUUGCUCCAACAUGUGGUUCUCAUCGGAGGUAACGUGCGUCUCAGGGGCUUUGCGGCGCGUUUUCAGCAAGAGUUGCGGAGCCUUUUACCAGCCUGGACUCCAGUUCAGGUUUGGAUCGGCGAACGCCGAAUCGAUGCGAUGACGUCAGAGGCUGACGCUGACACACCAGAUCCCCUGCACACUGGCUGGUUUGGUCUACAGACCCUCGUACGAAACAUUCCUGAUCAUGCAGCGCACCGAUUUUGGCUUACACGCGACUCUUUUGAACGAAACGGUCUUUCGGCCAUGAUGGAGCUCCAACUCGGCAUGCAUUUCGGUGCUAGCUGA